UGUGGGACAAAGGGUGUGAAGGACCGGUCAACAACUCCCACUAGCUUACCAACAAGUGAGAAUUCGUAUGUGGAAAAAUGGGUAGUCAAAUUCUUGUAAAAUUAAUCCAUCUAUUUUGUUGGCAAUCUAUUAUGUUUUAGUUUUGAGCCACCAUAUUUAUUCCUCCAAUCUAUGACCUUUAUGAACUCUUCUUUAUGGUCAAGUAAAUAUACCUACUUUUAGAUACCUUUGACAUUGUGGAACUUUAGUCGGACUCUUGUCGCUCUUCUUUCACUAGAAAAAAGCUCUCUCCACAAAAGCUAUAUUGGGAAUGUGGGAAUAACAGAUUUUUGGAGCAAAAUAGAGCGUCUGCUACCUAUACUUUCAACUAAAAGGGCUGCCUUCGUUGGCCAUUUGUUCGUGUAGCAUUAGUUCUUGAGAGGGUGUCUUGAGUUUCGGCAAACGCAAGGGGACAAGUUGGGGUUUUUAUUUCAAGCUGAGGUCUUUGAGGCCUAUUUGGGGUCUUCUAAAAAUCUGAACUUUGAUAGUUACCUGUUUGAAGUAUGAGAUGAUAUGGAUAUUGAAGGGUUUAGCAGCAGUAAAUUUCCUGGAAAUAUAGUGACAUCUUCUAAACACACGCGUUCCAAGAGCUUCCCAGUUAAACCAGAAGUAAAGGAGAAUAUCCUGGAUCAUUCUCUAGAUGCCUCUAAUCGAUUGAAGUUGGAUACGAAGCAAGCAAAUGACUGUAAUGUGACUGAGAAGAAACAAUCAUCCACUGCCGAAACUCAGAGUUCUCUGAGGCAAGAGAUAAAGCAGCUGGAGAGAAGAUUACAUGAUCAAGUUGCUGUUCGAUGUGCUCUUGAGAAAGCAUUAGGUUAUAAAUCUUCUUCUCAAGACGUCCAUGAAGUGACCUCAAUGCCUAAGCCAGCCACAGAACUGAUUAGAGAUAUUGCAGUACUAGAGUUGGAAGUUGGGCAUUUGGAACAAUAUCUUCUCUCACUAUACAGGAAAGCAUUUGAUCAGCAAAUCUCAUCCUUGUCUCCUCCCACAAAAGAUGAUAAACUAAAAUCUCCUCUAAGUACCCCAAGAAGGCGUCUUGAUUUCUCCAAUUCUGAUGUGAUGUUGAAAAGGGAAAAAUCUUCUUCUCGAGUUGAUAGUCAAUCAGAAUUGAAUCCACAGAAGGAAACCAAUAGCAUGGCAGAAGACAAAAUUAACGAAUCUGGAGUUCAUCGAAGCCAUUCGUCAUUAUCUCAGCGUUCAGCUAUGUCGACCCCACCGGAAGAGACACUGGGCAAAGCGUUGCGUGCUUGUCAUUCUCAACCUUUAUCUAUGAUGGAGUAUGCACAAAAUGCUUCUUCAAAUGUAAUCAGUUUGGCAGAGCAUCUUGGCACCCGUAUCUCUGAUCAUGUUCCAGAGACACCAAAUAAGCUAUCUGAAGAUAUGAUAAAGUGCAUGUGCACCAUAUAUUGCAAGCUUGCUGAUCCCCCACUGACAAAUCCCGGUCUUUCAUCACCAACUUCUUCCUUGUCUUCCACAAGUGCAUUUUCUCCAAAGGACAUAUGGAGUCCAGGAUUUAGGAAUGAUUCAUCUUUUGAUGUUCGGCUGGACAAUCCUUUUCAUGUGGAAGGGUUGAAGGAGUUCAGUGGACCUUACAGCACAAUGGUUGAGAUACAGUGUGUGUAUAGAGAUACUCAUAAAUUGGGAGAUAUUGAACCGAUGUUACAGAAUUUCAGGUCACUUAUUUCUCGCUUAGAAAAAAUAGAUCCACGAAAGUUGACUCACGAAGAGAAGAUAGCAUUCUGGGUUAACGUACAUAAUGCAUUGGUGAUGCAUGCAUUUUUAGCUUAUGGUAUCCCCCAAAACAAUGUGAAGAGAAUAUUUCUACUAUUGAAGGCUGCCUAUAAUGUUGGAGGUCAUGUAGUAAGUGCAGAUAUGAUACAGAACUCUAUCCUGGGAUGUCGAAUGUCCAGACCAGGACAGUGGCUUCGCUUGUUACUUUCUUCUAAAGGAAAAUUCAAGACAGGGGAUGAAAGACAAACAUAUGCUAUUGAACAUCCAGAACCCCUUCUGCAUUUUGCACUCAGCUCAGGCAACCACUCAGAUCCCGCGGUUCGAGUCUAUACACCCAAGAGAGUAAUUCAGGAGCUGGAAAUCGCAAAAGAAGAUUAUGUCAGGGCUACCUUUGGUGUGAAGAAGGAUCAGAAGAUAGUCUUGCCAAAAGUUGUGGAGGCCUUUGCUAAGGAUUCUGGCCUAUGUCCUUCCGGUGUGAUGGAGAUGAUCCAGCAAUCUUUACCAGAUUCUCUGAGAAAGAGCAUUAAGAAGAUUCCACAGGGAAAGGGCCGCAAGAUCAUUGAAUGGGUUCCACAUAAUUUCUCUUUCCGGUAUCUAAUUAUGAAGGACCUGGUGAAAUGACUGCUUUGAUGGUAUGUUUAAGCUUAAUUGAAGAAUGUGGUUGUUUCUUUCUUCUUCUUUUUUCUCUUUGAAAGGGGUCAAUUUUUUUUUUUUCCAUCCCUUCUGUAUAAAUGAAUGUGUAAUUUGAGUUAGAAUGGAGGAUGAUCAGAGUUCCUGUAAUUUUGUGUCUUUGUGGAAGUGCUCUCCAUUCUUUGGCUAUUGUUACUAGAGCAAAGCCUAAUUGCGUGUAAGAACAAGCAAUUUUGCAUUUCAGUCACGUACAUAAAUCUGAUUCAUAUUCAUUGCUCAA